AUGGUGAAGAAUAUUGGGGAGCAAGGUCUUCUAGAAGCCUUGGGGAGCAAGGACAUGAAGCUUGAAGAAGAAGAUGAGUUGUGUGGAUGUGAUCUUUCAAAAUCAUCGGAAAGCAGUUUCUGGAUCGUUGCAGGAUCAGAUGACCCGGUGGAAGACGAGAGUUUAUGGAACUGUACUCUAUUUCGGCCCCUGGUAAAUCAGGAGGAGAAAACUGUCAGUUUUGUUCACAUCCAGCUGGGAAAACCAGUAGGAAGACGUGAUCUUGCUCCUGAUCGUGAUAUGUACCUGUGCAUCGAGCCUUUUGCCACUACUACCGCCAUAUCCACAUUGGUAGAUUACAACACAAUAACUAUAAUGCCUAAAUACGUAGCCAUCAAAGGAGUCAAUGACAAAUAUCUCAGCCUUAAUGACGAGGUCGCGCUUACUUUCAUGUCUGAUGAUCUUGGGGAGGAAGGCAAUGCUUACGAGAUUCACAGCAGCAGUGACGGCCAUGUCUUUCUCGAACUAGCUUUCGUUCCUCGUAAGCAUGGUUUUUGGCGAGCUGAAGAAGGAGGCUCGGUCAUGAGCAGAGCACCCCAUUCUGGCUCUGAAGACCCAACUGACCCGACCAUGCUGUUUUCAGUAAUCAAGAUUUCCAAGAAUGUUAUUGCUCUUCGUUGCGUAGGAAAUAAUCGGAUCUGCAGGCUAUUCCAAUAUGAGGGAUCGACAUGGGCAGACUUGCAAGCAACAGCAACUGGGCUGAUAAAGGAAGUGCAAUUGCAAGUCAUAGAGCCUGUGGUUGAACGUAGAGUUAACGUUUUCCAAUUCGAUCUGGACAGAGCUAGAAUCUAUGACCGCAUACCGCUCACAUAUACUGAAGGACAAGCCGACAAUCCAACCGACUCUGAGCAAGAGUUCACCCUCAACUUUACCUAUACAAAAACUAGAACUUCUUCUUGGAAUACUAGCAAAUCUUGGUUUGUGAAUGGGAGUUUUUCUAUUACUAGUAAAAUCCCAUUCAUUGGUGAAACUACUAUUGAAGUUGGAGGAGGGUACUCGGAGCAGUAUGAUAUAGGGGGAACUAUUGAAGAGUCAGAGGAAGUGGGAAGCACUUAUACUGUGAUGGUGCCAAAAUGGACAAAUGCAACCGUAUCUGCUGUUGCGACACGAGGCACAUGCGAUGUCCCUUUCUCUUACGUUCAAAUUGAUCGAAUGGUUAAUGGGGAAAGUGUGACGACUACAUUGUCUGAUGGUGUUUACACUGGUAUGAAUGCCUACCAGUUUAAAUUCGUUGUGCGAUACGAACCUAGUACCGUUAAGCAACCUGUGCAACAAGACCCUUGA